ACUUAAAAAUGUAUUUCUCAUACUUUGGGGACGUAGGAAGGAGGUGCAACAUUGGAUAGAAUCCCCCGCCGCUAUUUUAAUCUUGAGUCAACCAACUAGGACAAGCUGUCUGUUGGGUUCCAUUUCAGGUAAGGCAAUGGAAGUGAAACCAAACCGUCCGAUUCGGAUUAUCUCUCAGCCUCCGACGAACCAAAUCCCGGAAAUAGAAAGCGCGAACAAAAUGUGCGGACCGGAGAAACUGAACUCCGGCGGCUUACCUCCCAAGUCAACGGGACCACAGGUAGUGGAGGAGGAGGAAGAAGAAGAAGAUGAGGAGGAGGCGGAAGAGGAGAGAGUGGUGGAGGCGUUGAUCAUGGACUUCGAUGAUCUCGAUGGUUCUUGGCCGUUGGAUCAGGUCUCCUCUGUCUCCGAUCACAACGACGAUGAUAAGAACAAUAACCAGUACCCCAUGUCACCGCUUUACCUCUCCUGCUCUGACCAGGCCUUCUCUCCUCUCUGGGCUUUCCUUGACGGAAACGACGACGCAUCGUAUGCUACCUCAGCUCCCCCGGUCUGCUCUGCCUUGUUCCCCAGCACUACCAUUCCAGUAGCUGAAAGGACAGUGGUGAAUAAUUUCGACAACAGUAGACUCCCAUUUCCACUUAUGGGACUGACACCCCAAGAAAAUCCAGAGGGGUGCUUUGUAAUCAAGGAGAGAAUGACACUAGCACUUCGGUACUUCAAAGAUUUGACUGAACAAAAUGUUCUAGCGCAGGUUUGGGUACCCGUAAAGAAUGGGAGUCGGUAUGUGCUCACAACUUCAGGGCAGCCUUUUGUUCUUGAUCCACAUAGCAAUGGACUUAAUCAGUAUAGGAUGAUCUCUCAGACAUAUGUGUUUCCUGUGGAUGAGGAUAACAAUGGACUCCUUGGGCUUCCUGGCCGUGUUUUCUGCCAGAGGGUACCAGAAUGGACUCCAAAUGUGCAGUAUUACUCCAUGCUGGAAUAUCCACGUCGUAAUCAUGCCCAGAAUUUUAAUGUCCGGGGAAGCUUGGCAUUGCCUGUAUUUGAGCCUUCUGGCCAGUCCUGCGUUGGUGUACUUGAGCUCAUCUUGACUUCAGCAAAGAUCAACUAUGCACCCGAAGUUGAUAAAGUCUGCAAAGCACUCGAGGCAGUAAAUCUGAAAAGUUCCCAGAUCUUGGAUCAUCCAAACACACAGAUCUGCAAUGAAGGUCGCCGGAAUGCAUUGGCUGAAAUUUUGGGGAUAUUGACUGUAGUGUGUGAAACUCAUAAAUUACCUUUGGCUCAAACUUGGGUUCCAUGCAGGCAUUGUAAUAUCCUGGCCUAUGGUGGUGGUCUGAGGAAGAGCUGUACUAGCUUUGAUGGUAGUUGCAUGGCACAAAUAUGCAUGUCCACCCCUGAUGUGGCACUCUAUGUAGUAGAUUCUCAAAUGUGGCGUUUCCGGGAGGCCUGUGUUCAGCAUCACUUGAAAAAGGGUCAGGGAGUUGCGGGGAGAGCAUUUUUGUCCCGUAGCUCUUGUUUCUGUGGAAACAUUACUCUCUUCUGCAAAACUAACUACCCCUUAGUCCACUAUGCACGCAUGUUUGGGCUGGCCGGCUGUUUUGCAAUAUGCUUACGUAGCACUCAUACUGGAGAUGAUGAUUACAUUCUAGAAUUUUUUCUGCCCCCUGGCAUUACAGACUUCUAUGAACAACAGAUAUUAUUGGGCUCCUUGUUGGCAACCAUGAAGCAGCAUUUCCAGAGUCUUAAGGUUGCUUCAGAUAUCGAACUUGAAGAGGAAGUAUCUGUCGAGAUCGUUCAAGUUUCUGAGGAUGGAGUUGAUUCAAGAAUUGAAUCAAUACGAAUCCCCCUAUCUACAAAAUCAACGCCUAGGCCUGAUGGCUUGCUGGAUAUGGGAGAUAUGGUGCAGGAUUCACCCAAACAGCAAUUAAUGGUGCACUUGGAUGACAUAAAUGAUAAGGGCACUGAUGUUAAGAAUGGUGGAGGAAGCAUCAAUAAUUUUUCUUCUUUAGAUAUUAAGGAGAUGAAAAAUAAAUCACAGAGAAAACGUGGCAAAACUGAGAAAUCAAUUAGCCUUGAAGUUCUCCAACAAUAUUUUGCUGGCAGUCUUAAGGAUGCUGCAAAGAGCCUUGGUGUUUGCCCUACUACAAUGAAGCGCAUCUGUAGGCAGCAUGGAAUCUCCCGAUGGCCGUCUCGCAAGAUCAACAAGGUCAACCGUUCCCUCACUAAGCUAAAGCGUGUAAUUGAAUCUGUUCAAGGUGCUGAAGGAACAUUUAGUUUAAAUUCACUCAACCCCAGUCCACUUCCCGUCAGAUCCAAUCAACAAACAUCACCAUGCUUUAAGCACUCUGAACCUCACGAGAAGAACGAGUCACCCACCAGAAUAACACUCAAAAGCGAUGAACAGGAUGGCAUGGAAGAUCUCUUGCAAGGAGGAAGAACCUUUAGUCCGGAGAAACUUGUUCAUGAUCAUAGUAGGUCUCCACCAGAGGUUGGUAAAGGCUCAAACGGGUCCAAAGCAAGGAGUGGCUCAUGUGAAGAAAGUGCCGGGACCCCUACUUCACAUGGUUCAUGCCAAGGUGGCCCCCCAGUUGAAAGCACAGCACCGGCAAAACAUCUAUAUGUUUCUUCCACCAAUGACCAAUGUGUUAAAGCUGGGGACUCCCCUGAAUUGGCAUAUCCACCCACAGGUCCACCUAAUAUAGCUGCUGCAUACUCAUUACCCGAUGGUAUUUUGAUGACAGAACCUCAAGAAACAUUUGGAGGAAUGCUGAUUGAGGAUGCUGGAAGUUCAAAAGACUUGAGAAAUCUGUGUCCUUCAGUAGCAGAUGCUGUAUUGGAUGAGCAGGCCCCAGAAUUUUGUUUGCCUAACCCUCCUUGUCUUGAUAUGGCUCCUAACCAAUCUAUGCCUACUCUUGCUCCUACAACCCCACAUGUUACAGCAACGAAAGAGAUGAUUGUGACAAUAAAGGCAACAUAUAAGGAAGAUAUUAUUAGGUUUAGGAUCUCUUUGAGUUCGGGUAUUUUGGAGUUGAAAGAAGAAGUGGCAAAGAGGUUGAAACUGGAGGUGGGCACAUUUGAUAUCAAGUAUCUGGAUGAUGAUCAGGAGUGGGUAUUGAUAGCCUGCGAUGCAGACCUGCAGGAGUGCAUGGAUAUUCCAAGAUCGUCUGGCAGCAAUAUAAUCAGGCUUUUGGUUCAAGAUACGAUCUCCAAUUUGGGGAGCUCCUGUGAGAGCUCUUGGGAUUGAGAUUAGACUGUAGAUAUUAUAUAGUUUUAGAGUCUCAUUCUUGUAGUGUCAGGAUGGUGUGUAAGUUGUAGAUCUUGUUUUCAAGUCUCUGUCAAUUAAAGAAUUUUGCUUGUGACUGA